GAACGAAUAGCAUAAAGAGGAUUUUGUCCCUUUUUAUUCGAAAAUAGAAGGGCUCAUGCACCAACAGAUUUCCCUCUCUGUUUGGUGCUGAGACUGGCGGUUGCACAAGGAUCCGAGCCCAAGCGCCGAAAACAAAAAAAGGCCCGCGGAUGGUGUGUGUGUUGUGUGUGUACCGCCUGACAAUCUGGGUCUGGGCCUUUACUGGCACUACCCCCCCCCCUCCUUCCCGGCGAUUUGUAGAUAUGCGCACAUGGAUGUGGAUGGGUGUUCCCCCUUUCCUUGCGAUACAAUGUACGCACGGCCAAUCCUUUUUCACGCUGUGGAAAAAGCCGAGUAGCCAUUCAUGGUCUAGCGGUAUGGUUGAUUUGUCAAGACACUUUUUCUCUCAUCCUCUGCACUCGGCCGACUUGCAUAGAAGGAAAUGCACAUCUCUACUCCUACAUAGCCGACUGGUUCGCUGAUGGAAAAAGAAGCCAUUUCAUAUCGCGUAUUUGCAUACAGUGGAACGGGCAACGGAUUCUUCCGAGACCUUUUUGUGGAAGGCCUCUUUACUCACGCACACAAACGCACAAAUACGAUUUUUGCAUUUCGAUCAUGCAAUGACCCACAGAAGAAUACUUGAGCCCCAUGAGAAACUUGAUCAAAUCAUGGGGGGGGCUAGCAAGUAUUGAAGGAAAGGCCUGGGAAUCAAUGGCAUGCGCAGUGUCAUAGGGACAACAACAACAACAGCGACCUUUAUUCUGCCUUCAUGGAUUGCCAUGGAGAUCCAGAACAGGGGGAGCAGCGCGACUGAUUGAUUAAAAAAAAUUUUAUUAUGAAAAGUGAUGGGUCCAGAAGGGACACGAUGC